AUGGAAACUCCUCUGGUAGCUGUGGUCACUGGCGCCAACCGUGGCAUCGGACUCGCCAUUUGUGCUGCCUUAAUACACCAAUCCCCGGGCCCUUUGGUUCUAUACACAGCGUCGCGGGCUGGGGCUCCUAUCGACCUCACUGGCAUAAAGAUCCCCCCAACCGUGCAUGUUCACCCUACGAAGCUGUCUCUAACCGACAAGAACAGCAUAUCCGCCCUGAGCGCGCGAGUCCAACACGAAAACAACGGCUGCGAUGUCCUCAUCAAUAAUGCCGGGCUCUACUAUUUCAAGGAGAACAUCACUGCCGCACAGCGUCGAGAAACCCUCAACGUGAACUAUCGGGGCACUCUGGAUAUCUGCCAAGCCUUCUUGCCAGUCAUGCGCAAGAGCGGCCGUAUCGUCAACGUCUCUUCCCAAUCUGGCCAGCUCAAAUACUUCCAUCCGCACUUGCAGAAGCAAUUCCUGACCCCUGAUCUUACACUCACUGAGCUGGAUACUCUGGUCGAGGAAUACAAUCGCGCAGCAGACAAGCACACUGCGACCGCAUCGGGAUGGCCUUCGCUAGCUUACUUCACCAGCAAAGCCGCUUUGAACACUGCGACCCGUAUUCUGGCCCGUGAUAACCCACAUUUGCUCAUUAACUGUUGCUGCCCUGGGUGGGUGGGCACGUCACUGGGUGCGCAGGCUGGCCAGCCGCCCAAAUCCGUUGAGGAGGGGGCGAGAAUUCCAGUGCGAUUGGCGAUUGGCGAAAUCGAGCAUAUUAGUGGGCGGUACUGGGCGAAUGAUUCGGUAGCUAGUGCGGGUUAUGGGAAGGUCCAGGAUUGGUAA